CCUAAAUGCCCUCUGCCCUUCGUAGGGGGUAUAUAUAGCUUGCAGGAGAGGUUUGUCACCCCCGGCAGUCGAAAAUGAAGCUUGCACUGUCCUGCCUGCUUGCCCUGCUGGCCCUCGCCACCUCCGAUUCGGUGAGUGAGGUGCCUGAAGAUGAGGCUCUGAUGCGUCUGCAGCUGCAGCCGGAAGGUGACCUGUUCCCUUGCUGCGAUGGCACUGAGGAGAUCAGCCAGAGUUCCUCAAAUGACACACCUGCACCUGAGCGAACCGUUUGCCAGCCCUGCAGCACUGGUUCUCAGUUGGUCCCCCCCAAUAGAGGCAAUGUAGCCAGGGAGGAGCGGCCAAGUGAAGAAGAGUCAGAGCAGGAGGAAGAAAGCCAGGAGGAGGAGUUGGAAGAUGAGGAGCAGGUGGAGAACAAGGAACAGGAGGGAGCAGAUGAAGUGGACGUGGCUGUGGAGGAGGAGGAUGAAGAAGAUCCCACAGUUAAUCCUACUGGGGUGGGGGAAGAGGUGACCAAGGGAGAACCUUUGAAGGAGAAAGCUUUGGGAAGUGACACCAUCUCUGCAACAUUUAUGGCAGAUGCGGCACCUGUAGAAAAAUCCAAAGUUGACACUGCACAGACUAAGAAGUCUGUAGAAGUGAAGAAGGAUGUAGCAGAGAUUGUACAAGAAUCAGGAGAGGAAGCAUCAACUGAUCCUCCUACUGAGGCUGUCAAGGAGUCUGUGUUAAAGGAGGCAGCACGCAAAAGCUCAGGCAAAGGGAAGACCUCUCUGGGAGGCUCUGAGAUGAGGGACAGGUCUCACAUUGACAACACGCUACGUCUGGCUAUGACUGACCCUGCUCAGCGCUUUUCAGCCAUCGUCAAGAAGCUGCAACACAUUUACCACACAGCCAUCAAGCCUUUGGAGGAGGCAUACAAGUACAAGGAGCUCAGACAGCAUGAGGUCUCAGAUGCCGAGAUCGCCUCCAAACCCAUGGUGCUGUUUCUGGGCCCCUGGAGCGUCGGCAAGUCCACCAUGAUAAACUACCUCCUGGAUCUGCACAACAAACCACAGGAGCUUUACACAGGUGCGGAGCCCACUACAUCUGAGUACACUGUAAUUAUGCACGGCGAGAAAGUACGCACCAUUGAGGGCAUUGUCAUGGCGACUGAUACCGCCCGCUCAUUCUCAACCUUGGAGAAAUUUGGCCAGGGUUUCCUGGAGAGGCUGGUGGGCAUUGAGAUGCCACACAAACUGCUGGAGAGAGUCACGCUGGUAGAUACACCAGGGAUCAUCGAGAACCGCAAGCAGCAAGAGAGAGGAUAUCCCUAUAAUGAAGUGUGCCAGUGGUUCAUCGAUCGUGCAGAUCUGAUCUUCCUGGUUUUCGAUCCGACUAAGUUGGAUGUGGGCCUGGAGCUGGAGACGCUUUUCAGACAAAUGAAAGGGCGCGAGUCGCAAAUCCGCAUCAUCCUGAACAAAGCUGACAGCCUGGUACCUCAGGAGCUGAUGCGUGUGUAUGGUGCUCUCUUUUGGAGCCUGGCACCACUGAUCAACGUGACGGAGCCGCCACGUGUCUAUGUCGGCUCAUUCAGGCCUCAGGACUUCACACUCGAUGCUGCCCAAAAACUCUUCAUUCAUGAAGAGGUCUCUCUCAUGGAGGACUUAAAACAGGCCAUUGAGAACCAGCUGGAGAACAAGAUCGCCUUUCUGCGGCGCCAUGCCAUCCGUGUUCGCGUUCAUGCUCUCCUUGUUGACCGUUACCUCCAAACCUACCACGAGAAGCUUGGCUGGUUUGGCGACUCACAUGAGGUGAUGAAGGAGAUCGUGGCUGAUCCUGACCGGUUCUACAUCUACAAAUCAGUGCUGGCCAAAACCAACGUGAGUAAGUUCGAUCUACCAGGACCAGAGUUGUACCAGGACUUUUUCAAUGUGAAUGCACUGGGAGAAUUCAAACUGUUGCAGAAGCACUGUGGCUGGAGGGGUGGGUGCUUGUUGGAGAAGAUUGAGAGUGCCAUCACACAGGAGCUGCCUACUUUGCUGGCCAGCCUUGGGAAAACUGAGGAAGCACCAAAGGUGGAGAAGCCCAAGGAAGUGGAGAAGCCCAAGGUAGUGGAGAAGCCCAAGGUAGUGGAGAGGCCAAAGGCUGAGGAAAAGCCCAAGGUAGAGGAGAAACCCAAAAACCCCUGGAGAAGGCAGUGAAGAAGGUUCUUUGAAAGGACAGGGUGGGGCUUAAUAUUUUUGGGUUGCACAACAGCAUUCAUACAUACUGGACUCAGGGCAGCGAACAUAUCAAUGUGUCGAUACAUGAAAAAAGCAGUAAAUAAAGGCUUUAAUUGUGAAAUGGAAAUUGAAUAAAGGAAUGAAUAAUCAAUGAAUGGAUGAAUAAAUGGAUGAGUGGAUGAAUGGAUGAUCAGUGGAUGUAUGGAUGACUAAAUGGAUGUUGGGCUAAAAAAGCCACGAUCAGUCAAUUGAAAAUUAAAGGCUUCAUUUUCAGAUUUUAGUGGACAGAAAUAUACCAAAAGAUCAUGUUCCCUGUACACAACAUAGGGCGUCCAAUACAUAAGUCUCCAUUCAUAGGGAAAAUUAACACCCCUCUCUACCAAAUGUUACUUUAUUUAAAAAAUAUCCUUUUAAAAAAUACAUUCUUAAAAAUAACUGGAAAAAAAUUUAAUAUAAACAAAGUAUAAAAAAAAAAAAAAUUUAGACACUGUGUUAAAAAUUCAUUUCCCGUAUGUAUGGAGACUUUUGGGACGUGCAUGUGUACACUUUUGUUUUCUUUUCGAUUUUACUUCUUACGCCUCACACAAUUUCUGUUGUUGUUGCCGUUUUUUUUUAGUGUCAGUUAAUAUAUUCUGAGAACAUCUCAGUUUUCUAACUUCACAAUACGUUUGCCUCCUGAAUAUUUCUGAGUAAUUCAUUUUGAUGAAUGUAUGUAGCGCUGCAUGUGAAAUGUAAUUUCCGAUUAAAGCUUUCCUAUUUUA